CGUGUGCGUCUGCUCCUGUGGCACUUUGUGGAGGAUGACCACUAUUUUCAGUUCCAAACAACAUUGUGAGAAGCAAGGUCAGCUGGAGGAAAGACAGGACAAGACGAUAUUCCUGACAAAGAAAGGAAAAUCUGAACAGGUUAUACUGCCCUCAGUUAUUCAACCGACCCCUGUCCUCAGACAGUCUUUUCCUCCACACCCAUCUAAAUGGACUCAGACAAGCCUAGAGAACCUUCCUCAACAGCCUCGACUGGUCAAUCAACUGUUCCUGGAGCAACCCAGACAGACACCUCGUCAGGCUGAGGAACUCAGGAAGAAAUUAAAACUGAGGCGUUUUCAAUCCUUGCAGCAGUUCCGUGCAAAUUCGUAUGCUGUGUUUGGGAACAUAGGGAAAGUUUCCAAACUGACAAUCAUUCUGCGGCAAAGAGACACACUGAAGUGGGAGAGAUUACAGGAUCUUACAAAGAAAUUAAGUGCAACUUGUGACCAGGAUAGACUGGACGCAGCAAAGGCUCUCUGGAAUCUCAAAUGCAUCAAUAAAUUUGUGGUUUCUGCACUCCAUGCGGCACUGGUGGAAGAACAGAAUUGUGCAGUGAGAUACGAAAUUGCCAGAGCCCUUCUCUCUCUGGGGAGCUGGAAGAAAGAGGUGGUGAUGGAGCUCAUUAAAUACGUUAGAAAAGACACUCAGAUUCAGGAUGAUGUCAUCAGCAACUUUGAGGACGCUCUUAAAAGGUGGUCGAUGACCACUCGUCGCCUGCGGCCAGCGCUCUCUGCUGUGAGUAAUAUGGUUGAAGCCUUUACCCAAAUUGUGACCACACCACAUGCUGAUCCCCGCAUCCCUAUGAAGGCUGCGACUUGUCUCUGCUACCUGGACAGCACAGAUCAAGUUGGGAUUGACAAACUAUUUACCUAUCUGCACGAUAAAGAUUCCUAUACAAAGAAACACGCCCUGGAAAUUCUGGCCAAACACCUGAAGAUGUACGAUCAAGUCAUCAUCCAGGCCACCAUUGACCUGCUCUGCACAGCUCCCGUCUACAAGCACCGAUUGGUUGCUUUAGAAACACUCAUCAACAUCGGGUUGGAAGGCAUCAAUGAAAACAACAUGACCGAGCAGAUCUUUCAGACGCUGCGGGAAAAGCUGUGGAACGAGCCACAUCUGGUAGUGCGUCAGCGUGUGGCCAUGACUGUGAAUUAUCUCCGAAUGAAACGAAAAAUGUGGGAAGUUGUUGAAAAACAGUUGGGGCACAAGGAUGAAGAAAACAGAAGCCAAGCAGUUAUUUCACUGGGCGUCCUGGGAGUUGGCAGUACCCGGAUGCUCCGAACUCUGCUGGAGAUGACGGAGAUCGACCCCAGUGAUCAGGUGCAGUUCCAGAUCAUCAGGACUUUUGCCAGGCUGCAUCUGAAUGAUAUCCGUGUGAAGAGAAACCUGUGCAAUCGACAGCAGAGAGCAGGACCGCUGGGCAGAGAGGCGUCUAAAGCAUUGAAGAACUUUGUGAACUUACCGUGUGAACCUAAGCAAAGUGUUUCAACACUCAUGUAGUAAUGAGCAAGGGAUUACAUUUCAAGUCUCAAAGUACUCUUACAUAGCAACACAAGAAAAGCAAGGACAUGAAAAGGCCUUUCAAACUUCCAUCUGCCACAACCAUGGUUAAAAUCUUCAGCCUCAACACUGACCCAACUGAACAGUGUAACAUGACCCGGCUGCCUCCGAUUGUUUUUAUCCAUAUUAAAUUGGGGAUUCUGACCUCCA